CCCAAGCUUAGCUGUUUGAUGGAACUGUCAUCAGCCAAGCCCCAUAUAGACACACCACUUCCUGCAUAGCCUUGCUGAAGCCACUGUCAACUUCCUUCUCUUGCAGAGGAAGUGGAGAGCUGAACCAGGUGCAGCAAGAAGACUCCAGGACGAUGCAGGACAAAGAAUAUGUGGGCUUUGCAGCCCUGCCCAGUCAGCUGCACAGAAAGUCCGUGAAGAAAGGAUUUGAUUUCACCCUCAUGGUGGCAGGGGAGUCAGGCCUGGGGAAGUCAACACUUAUCAACAGCCUCUUCCUUACCGACCUCUACAAGGACCGACUGAUACCUGAUGCCAGUGCUCGCCUGAGCCAGACCCUGACCAUUGAGCGCAGGGGUGUGGAGAUUGAAGAGGAAGGAAUCAAAGUCAAGCUCACAGUGGUGGACACCCCUGGCUUUGGCGAUGCAGUGGACAAUGGGGACUGCUGGAUGCCGGUGGUUCGAUUCAUCGAGGAGCAGUUUGAACAGUAUCUGAGGGACGAGAGUGGCCUGAACAGGAAGAAUAUCCAGGACUCGAGGGUUCAUUGCUGCCUCUACUUCAUCUCUCCCUUUGGUCGGGGGCUCCGUCCUCUAGAUGUAGCAUUCCUCCGGGCUGUGCAUGAGAAGGUCAACAUUGUCCCUGUCAUCGGGAAAGCUGAUGCCCUGACUCCUAAGGAAACUCAGGUUCUCAAGCAGAAGAUCCGGGAGCAGCUGCAGGAACAGGAGAUCAACAUUUACCAGUUUCCAGACUGUGAUUCAGAUGAGGAUGAAGACUUUAAGAAACAGGAUGCUGAGAUGAAAGAGAGCAUCCCCUUUGCUGUGAUUGGCUCCAGUACCGUGGUGAAGGAUGGUGCCACUAGGCCAGUGAGGGGUCGGCUCUACCCCUGGGGAACAGCCGAAGUGGAAAAUCCUCAUCACUGUGACUUCCUCAACCUGAGACGAAUGCUAGUACAGACCCACUUACAGGACCUGAAGGAGGUGACCCACGACUUGCUCUAUGAAGGCUAUCGGGCCCGUUGUCUUCAGAGCCUGGCCCGUCCUGGGGCCCGGGAACGUGCCAGUCGAAGCAAGUUGUCUCGACAGAGUGCCACUGAAAUACCCCUCCCCAUGCUGCCCCUGGCAGAGACGGAGAAACUUAUCAGGGAAAAGGAUGAGGAGCUGCGCCGGAUGCAGGAGAUGCUGGAGAAGAUGCAGGCCCAGAUGCAGCAGAGCCAGGGAGAACAGUCGGAUGUCCUUUGAACCUGCAGUCUUCCUCUUACUCACUCCCCUUCUACACCCCCAGGGAGCUGCCUCUAGCCCUGCCUCUUCUCCCCUAGUCUUCGAGGACCCAUCGCUCAGCACUCACCUCCCAAAACAUGCCUGGCUGAACUCUAACUCUAACUGAGCUAAGGGUUCUUAUCCCACUGAGGCUCAUCUCCUUCUCCGUGCAUAUUUGGGAGUCCUACUGACCUCCCUCCUCCCCCCAUCUCCCAUUCCCAGAUGUCUCCUAUUCCAUCUGAUCUUGUGCAACAUGAACCCCUUCUCCAUUUACUUCUGCUCCUUGUUCAGUCAGUUGUCUCUGUUGAGGCUGCUCCAAGACAGAGUCGAUCUUGUUCUUCACAACAAGCACUUAUUAAGCACAUACUAUGUACCCAAACGUCUUGAAAUAAAAGUUGAUU